GUCUUCGCUCUUCUCGAUUGCAGCUGAGUUGCACGUUAUGAACGUUAAUGUUUUGCUACCUUGUCAGCAAGCCUUCAAAUAAUAUCCAUUUAGUUUCAGAUGUGGGGAAGAAUCCUGAAUGCACGUCUGAUUGGCAAUAGAAUAGGUAGUGUGAGUUUCACUUGGAGCAACAGAAGUCUCUUUACCAUGCAACUGAAGACUAAGGAGUUCCAGUCUUUAUUUACUGAUGGACUUAAUGGAAUCGCAGAACUUUUUGAGAAGCACCAGUUUGAGCUGAGGAUAGCUGGGGGUGCAGUACGUGACCUCUUGGCAGGGAAGAGGCCAGAGGAUGUGGACUUUGCUACCACAGCCACUCCAGAGGAGAUGAAGAGCAUAUUCCAGGCAGCGGGGAUCAGGAUGAUCAACAAUAAAGGGGAGAAGCAUGGGACUAUCACUGCCCGACUUCACAAUGAGAACUUCGAGGUGACCACACUACGAGUGGAUGUCCAGACAGAUGGCCGGCAUGCUGAGGUGGAGUUUACUACUGACUGGCAGAAAGAUGCUGAACGCAGAGACCUCACCAUAAACUCUAUGUUUCUAGGGUUGGAUGGAACUCUGUAUGAUUACUUUAAAGGGAAUGAAGACCUCAAGAACCGAAAAGUUCGGUUUGUUGGUAGCGCUGAACAAAGGAUUCAAGAAGACUACUUGAGGAUACUGCGGUAUUUCAGGUUUUAUGGUAGGGUGGCAGAGAAGCCAGAUGAACAUGACCCUGACACCUUGAAGGCUAUCGAGGAGCAUGCUCGUGGGCUGGCAGCCAUAUCAGGGGAGCGCAUCUGGGUGGAGCUGAAGAAGAUGGUGGUGGGCAACCAUGCUGAUCACCUACUGGAGGUCAUGUACGAGCUGGGCCUGGCUCAGUAUAUCGGAUUACCUCCAGAGGGCAAUGUGGAGGAGAUGAAGCAAGUCUGUCAGCGUACGAAAGGCCAUUCUCCUAAGCCCAUGACCAUCAUCUCUGCACUCUUUAGAACCUCAGAGGAGGUGGACAAGAUGGACCUGAGGCUGAAAGUGUCCAGGGAGGAGAAGAACCUGGUCCUUUUCCUGAUCAAACACAGACGGGACCUCCACAAGUGCCAGCAGGAGCCCGGCAGUCUGAAACCCUUCACUGACUUCAUCAUAGACAGUCGGGAGGUGGAUGCCCAGAGUAAAGUGUGUGAGCUGCUCAAGUACCAGGGAGAGGAGAAGCUCCUGGCAGGGCUCAGCAGGUGGUCCAUACCCCGCUUCCCCGUCAGCGGACACGAUCUGAGGAAGAUGGGCAUCACCUCAGGCAAGGAGAUAGGCACCAUCUUACAGGAUCUCAGAGAUGUGUGGAAGUUGAGUCACUAUGAGAUGGUCAAAGAGGAGCUGCUAAGUCAUGUUAACAAGUCAUGAGUGGCCAGGUACUAUAAGAGACUGGCGGGGCUAAGAUGCUGACUGACCACUACAUGAACUGGGAUGAUGCAGCUAGCAAGUUCUGCUCUCUCACAGACUCACACUCAUCACCCCUGUCAGUGAACCAAGAUGAAUGGAAUGGAAAGGAAUUAAUAUGUCACUAAGAAUGGGCUAAUUAUAUUGAAUUAUACUUACUGCAUUGAGAUAAUAUAAUUUCCUAUCUGCACUUCUGUACGCCUUAUGGAUAUAAUGCCUUGCAGCACAGCUCUCUCUGCAUAGGGAAAGCGAGUUUGCAAUCAACAGAUGCUGUUGGUUUCAGAAUCUGUAGCAUUAUAAAUCAGCUGAUUUCUGUACUGCCUGUCUGUAAAUGCAUUUGAGGGGGAGCAAUCUGCUGUAAUGGGUUCAUUUGGAAUUCAUCUAAGAAGUUUUCAUAUUGGAAAACAGACCCUUCUCUAUAGUGUUACUACUCAAUUGUGAGAGAACAGUUGGCAGUGGUACAUUUCUCCAGUGUUGUAAAUGUUUCAGAGCAGGCUGCCCUACCAUUAAGCAGAAUUUAG